AUGUUCCUGUGGAAUCCCGCCCAUCUUUGCCGACGCACCAUCGAAUGCAUCCAAUCACGAUGCAGUUCGGCUUUGACGGAAACUACUCAGUCCGUGACUGAAGGAAACUGCAAAGAGUCGUGGACACAGCACAGCAAAUCAGGCCUCAUCUCCCUUCUCACCGUUCCCGUCCUACUGCACUCUCUCCUGGCACAGUCCGCCCUCCCCCUCUGUCUCUCACUCUUUCCCCUCUUCUCACCUCGUUGUCUUUCCCCAUUGCUCUCGUAUUUGGCCAUCCAUUAUCCCAUCGCUCUCUCCGCAUCCCUCUCCUUCCCUUUCACAGUCUCUCCUCCUCUCUCUCUCCAACAAUCCAUUUGUCUCGCUGUCUCUCAACCCCUCUCCCCCCCUCGCCUACCCCAGCUGUCUCUUCUGCUGUCUCUUCACUCUCUGCGCGAACCUAUCUCCCGUUCUCUACCCUUAUCUCAUUCUGUCCUUGAUCAGCCUGUCCGACUCUCUCUCCCAGACGGACUGACCUCCACCUACUCAGAGCUGAACUUUCGGAGAGACGAACCGCUCACCGAUGCGGACGAGGAUCCUCCCAUUGCCUCGGGACCCAGAAUAGUGCCAACUGCUGCACAAACAGCUGCGCAUGACCGGGAAUCAAAAGUGAAGAUUGGAAAUAGACCAUACCGUCAGAUCUGCCUUCUCUGCCUAGUUCCGUCCGCCCUCAUCGUGAUAGUGGCCGGUCUGUCGAUCCAUGAGACAACGUGUCCCCAGAUCAAAACUGAAGACCGUUGUUAUUUCAUAUCCACGUUUGGAACAUCUUAUGAUGGAGCGAGGCACAAUUGUUCGGAACUUGAUUCAAGGCUCCUCGAAAUAAAUUCAAACAAGGAAAAGAAGUUUGUUUCCAACGCCGUCCAACGACACGUAACAUACUGGAUUGGAAAAUGCGCAGACAGGAAUGUGACCUCUGAUCUUCUGUACGAGUUAAACUAUGAAACGCCCAGCUGCAAUAAGUGCGGAUCGAGUUACCGUUACAGUUGCAAAGGUGUAAACUGAGAGAGUUGCUCGCUGGCGGAGAAAAUGAAGGAGCGGCGCAACGCGGAGCGGUGUUUUGCGGCCUCCAGGCAGCAGUCUGUGCUGCCCCCUCGUGUUCGCCCUGCAGAAGACAAGCUCUGUUAUGGUCGACUGCAGAUUUGCAUAAAUGUGUGUAUAUAUGUGA